AUGCCGGACUCGCCGCCGCGAUCUUGUCCUGUGUGCGCCCAAUCGUUCGCGCCGCCCGCCAGCGCGUCGUCCUUCGCGCUGCACGUCGUGUCCUGCUCCUCGUUCACGCCCGCCUCUCCCUCCGCCCCCGCGUCUCCCUCUUCUCCGUCCGCGUCCUCCACUCCCUCCCACUGCACGCGCUGUUUGCACGUCUACGCCGCCAGCGCGCGCGCCCACGAAAAGGCGUUCCACGAACACGAGUGCGCGCGCGUCAACGCCGACGAACAGCUGCCCGAUCGUCGAGACGACGCACCGGACGGCCCGUCGGCCGCCACGCGCUCGCCCAAGCGCCAGCGCCACGACCGACGCGCGUCGCCUGUCGUCUCGCUCUUCCCCUGCACGUGUUUCCUCUGCGGCUUGAGCGGCCGCAACCUGUUGCACUGCGGCGGCAGCUGCGCGCGCGCUGCCCACCUCAAUGCGUGA